UGAAAAAUCGUCUCUCAUAACCUCAGAAUAAUUAUGACGUCACCGUUUUUGGUGUCAUGACCUUAUACUGAUACUACCUUAUUCUUAUUUUAACAUUAACUAUCGUUAUUUUGCAAGUGUUGCCUAUGUUUUCUUUUGUCCAACACUGAAAGGUUGGCUUCACUCUUGAAUUUCUGAAAGGUGUUUCCUGUGGCCUUUACUUCUGACUGAUUUGUGAUUUCACACCAUGCGUAAUGGCCCAAUUGUAACCAUCAGCUAUAUACUUUAAGCCAAAUAACCAUCAGUUGAUGUGUUGUGCUUUACAGCUCAUUUAUAAAGGAAAUGAUCAUUGUCAUCAUACCUUGCGUAUAGUGUGUUUUACUGCAAGAUAUUGGGGUUUGGAUAUGCUUAGGUUUUACGCAUGGUUGGAGAGCACAAGCGUUUUCAAUAUUCUGUGUGUAGUUUACACGUAUGAACUCAGAGGGCCGCUGUUGGUCAGUGUGUUGCAGUUUUAGAGCAGAUUUGCAGCAGUACCUCCCCCAUCAUCUCGAUAUAUUAGAGAGAGAAAGAGCCGCAUACAGAGCGCACAGUCCGGGUUACAGAGAACACUAAGCACAGAGACACCGAGCUGAGAUUCUUUUGUUCUGGAUUUUGGGCACAUCUUCUUUACAUUUCUUGCACUGAAACAAAUGGAAUAUUACAGAUUUCUUAACGGAUUAUAACGUGAGGUGUUUUAUAUCCCAGAGAAAAUGUCUGACAGAACAAUGACACGGCAAGUACUGUUGUUUAUCUCGGURCUCUCUCUCAGUUCAGUGCACGGGCAGGUCAGUUACUCCAUUCCCGAGGAAAUGGCGAAAGGCUCUUUAGUCGGUAACAUAGCGCAGGAUUUAGGUUUAGAUAUCAAAAGACUGAAAUCAGGUAAAGCUCGUAUUUAUACUGGAGACAGCGCAGAGUACAUCGAGCUGAAUAAAGAAAGGGGAGUUCUCCUCAUCAAAGAGAGAAUAGACCGUGAAGCGCUUUGUGAACAGACGACGCCUUGUGCACUGCAUUUCCAAAUUACUUUAGAAAACCCGAUGGAAUUAUACCCGGUAACUGUAGAAAUUACAGAUAUAAACGACAACGCUCCCACUUUUCAAAAGACUGAGCGACGAUUGGAAAUCAGCGAGUCAGCUGUGACUGGAUCAAAAUUUAUGUUAGAGAAAGCAGUGGAUCAAGACAUUGAUUUAAAUGGCCUCCAAAGCUACUCUCUGAAACACGCUGAUCAUUUUGUUCUGAAAUUGCAUAGUCAGGCAGACGGGAGUAAAAAGGUUGAGAUGGUUUUACAGAAACCUCUAGACCGAGAGAAGCAGGAGCAUAUGUCUCUGUUGUUAACUGCUUUGGAUGGAGGUGAGCCUCUGCUGUCAGGGACAAUGCAGAUACACGUCACAGUGCUGGAUGCAAACGACAAUGCGCCCGUUUUUACCAAACCAGUGUAUAAGGCAACAAUAAGUGAGAAUUCACAAAAAGGAACGUUUGUCACGACAGUUAGUGCGUCUGAUGCAGAUAAAGGCACGAAUGGAGAAGUGUCUUACGUGAUUGCAAAUAGCAUGAACCGUCUUUCAACGUUAUUCCACAUAAAUGAAGAUGGUAAUUUGAUAUUAGAUGGCCAAGUUGAUUAUGAAAAAGCCAGAAGUUAUCAGAUUGAUAUAGAAGCCAUAGAUAAUGGUGGUCUCUCGGACUCAAGUAAAAUAAUCAUUGAUGUUAGUGACGUAAAUGACAAUAGUCCUCUAAUCAAUUUUAUUUCCAAAUCCGGUAUAAUACAAGAGGAUUCCCGUCCUAACACAGUAAUAGCUAUGAUGAGCGUAAACGACCCUGAUUCUGAGAGUAAUGGUAAAGUUAACUGUGGCAUAAAUGAGAACAUCCCUUUCACCAUUAAAUCUACAUCUAAUGGAUUCUAUAGUCUAGUAACUGAUAGUGGCUUGGACCGAGAGAGAGCCUCUGAYUAUAACAUCAGUGUGACGUGCUCUGAUGAGGGNGGUUUAGAUAUCAAAAGACUGAAAUCAGGUAAAGCUCGUAUUUAUACUGGAGACAGCGCAGAAUACAUCGAGCUGAAUAAAGAAAGGGGAGUUCUCCUUAUCAAAGAGAGAAUAGACCGUGAAGCYCUCUGCGGACAGACGACGCCUUGCGCACUACAUUUUCAGAUUAUUCUGGAGAACCCGAUGGAAUUUUAUAGUAUUACCGUUGAAAUAACAGAUAUUAAUGAUAAUGCGCCCAGUUUCGAAAAAAACGAAAUGAAAUUCAAAAUCAGUGAGUCUGCUGUGACAGGGGCUAAAUUCAUAUUAGAGAGGGCAAUGGAUUCGGAUGUUGGCGUUAACGGCCUACAGAGCUAUUCCCUUACGCAAACCGACCAUUUUUCCCUAAAACUAAAAGAUCAGCCAGAUGGAGGGAAAAUUGUUGAAAUGGUUCUACAGAAGCCUCUCGAUCGAGAAAAAGAGGAGGAAAUGUCCCUUGUAUUAACAGCUACGGAUGGGGGCGAUUCUCAGAUGUCUGGGACUGCACAGAUCCAUAUCACUGUGCUGGACGRCAACGACAAUGCCCCUGUCUUUACACAGCCAAUAUACAAGGCUACCAUUACUGAGAAUGUCCCUAKAGGAUCAGUUGUAGCUGCAGUAAGSGCCUUUGACGCUGAUAAAGGCGCACAUUCUAAGAUAACAUAUUCAAUUUCAAACACAAUUGCUGAUGUGCGYGACAUUUUUGAAAUAAAUGAAUUCGACGGACAUUUGAAAGUAAAAGAAAAUGUUGAUUAUGAAAAGGCCCGUCACUAUCAGAUACAUGUUCAGGCCAGUGAUGACGGAGGGCUGACUGAUUCGUGUAAAAUAAUUCUGGACGUCAUUGAUAUAAAUGACAACAAACCAGCUAUUAAUAUUAUGUCKAAGACUAACGUCAUAACAGAAGAUUCUAWACCCGGUACUGUAGUAACUAUGAUUAAUGUACAAGACCCAGACUCAGGUGAAAAUGGUAAAGUCCAGUGUUCGAUAAACGACAAUAUUCCAUUUACAAUCAAAUCAACG